AUGGCGCCCUUCCGCUCCUUGGCGGGGCCAGCCUCUAUUGAAAGCUCGUCAACAUCAAAUACCGCAUACACUCCGAUGUCAGACGGUUCCGUCGAUGAACAGCCAAGACAUCACAGAAGUGGCUCCUUGAAACUCCAGACCGAUUUUGGCACUGUACAAGACCUAUUCUCCGAAGACGAAGCCGAGGACUACAACUACAACGAUGAAGCGCAACCCAAGUUCCAUCGGCCUAGAGUGCCAAAGUAUACGCCUAUUGAGGAGAAACAGGUAGUCAAGAAAUUUGACCGCAGACUUGUUCCAUUUCUCGCCCUCCUUUAUCUACUUUCUUUUCUAGACCGUUCAAAUAUCGGAAACGCGAAGAUUGCUGGUCUUACAGAGGACUUGAACCUGUCAUCAUCACAGUAUGAAUGGCUUUUGACAGCCUUCUAUAUCACCUACAUCCUUUUUGAAUGGAUGACCCUGCUCUACCGUGUCUUUCCGGCUCAUGUCUACAUAUCGCUCUGCGUAUGCGGAUGGGGCCUUGUAGCGUCCUUCCAGUCACUCGCAACAUCCUUCGAAGCCAUGAUCUUUCUUCGUGCAGUACUAGGGGUAACAGAAGCGGCGUUUGGGCCAGGCGUUCCGUUCUACCUAUCCUUAUUCUACAAGCGCGAAGAGCUCGCCUUUCGAAACGCGCUGUUUAUUUCAGCUGCUCCGUUAGCCUCGUCGUUUGCCAGCAGUCUAGCAUGGCUGAUUGUGAGGUCCAGUAGCGACGGUCCAAUUGCUCCAUGGCGCGCAUUGUUCCUGGUCGAGGGCUUCCCCAGCGUCAUCGUCGCAGUUUUCGCUUGGUUCAUGAUUCCUGACUCGCCCGGAACUGCGGCGUUCCUUGAGCCGCGACAACGAAUGGUAGCUCAGUUACGGAUGGGCGACGGCGCUAGGCCCGAGUACCCUGGCAAUCGUAGGAGAUUCGACUGGGCCGAGGUCGGCAAGGCCCUAUCUGAUCCCAAGUCGUAUAUCACAGCUUUCAUGUUCUUCAGCUGUAAUGUAGCGUUCAGCUCCAUGCCCGUCUUCCUUCCAACCAUCCUGCAAGACAUGGGCUACACCCCGCAAACCUCACAAGCCCUCAGUGCCCCACCCUACCUAAUCGCCUUCAUAACCGUGCUAGUCACAGCUUACCUCUCGGACCGCUCCCGCAGCCGAAGUCCCUACCUAAUAGCACACGCUCUGAUCUCCGCAAUAUCCUACCUCACCAUCGCGCUAACAGGGUCCUUUCACGACUCACUCUCACCACCGCUCCACAUCGCAAUCCGCUAUAUCUGCGUCUACCCCGCAACCGCAGGCUUCUUCUCGGCCAUAACGCUGAUCAUCACGUGGAGCAUGGACAACCGUACCGCAAAAGAGGGUAAAGGGGCGAGUGUUGCAAUUCUCAAUGUCAUUGGGCAGUGCGGGCCACUGCUCGGCACGAGGCUGUAUCCUGCGGAUGAUGGGCCGUGGUAUGUUAGGGGAAUGGCGGUUUGUGCCGGGUUCAUGGCGCUUGUUGCGAUUCUUGCUGGUGUGUUGAGGGGGAUACUUGGACGGGCGAACGCUAGGUUGGCGGAGGGCGAGAGGGAUGGAACGGAGAGGGAGCGGGAGGUUCUUAUUUUGGGCGAUGGGGAGCGUAGACAGGAGGCGUUUACGUAUAUUAUAUAG